AUGAAUAACACAAGCUUGGGAGAGAAGUUUUGCAUCAAUGCCGUUGCUUGUACAUUAGCAACCACUGUUACUCAUCCAAUCGAACUCGUGAAAACGCGAAUGCAACUCCAAGGCGAGCUGACCAAGUCCUAUCACAAAACCUACACUUCUACCUCCAAGUCCGCAGUUCUUAUCGUCAAAUCCGAUGGCUUCAGAGCUCUUUGGUCAGGCCUCUCCGCUGGACUCAUGUAUCAAGUGGUGAUGAAUGGAUCGAGAUUGACGCUUUUCGACAAUUUGAGUGCAGUUGGUGUGCCCGCGCUUCCGGCUGGCAUGCUUUCUGGCGCUGUUGGUGGAGGUGUUGGAUCUCCGUUUUAUUUACUCAAAACUCAGCAGCAAGCCCUUUCCAACCUCAAUGUUGGAAGUCAACACAAAGAGGCGAAUGUUCCAAUGCUCCAAUGGUUCCGAAAAGAAGUGGGUGAAGGAGGCAUCGCUAGAAUUUGGCGUGGAUCGCCAGCGCAAAUUGCAAGAGUCACUGUUGGAAGUGGCGCCCAACUUACUAGUUUUACGAAAUCCAAGGAGCUUCUUGGGCCUGUUUUUGAAGGAAAUUGGUUCCUUACUACUGCUGUUUCUUCCGUAGUCGCUUCCGUUUUCGUGGUGCUAUUCAUGUCUCCCUUUGACGUCGUUUCUACUAGAAUUUUCAACCAACCUGUCGAUCCAGUGACGAAAAAGGGCCUUUACUACACUGGUACGAUUGAUGCUCUUGGCAAAAUUUGGAAAGAAGAGGGUUCUAGCGCCUAUUUAAAGGGUCUACGGGCUGGAUAUCCAAGACAUGCUUUGCAGACAAUCCUUACCAUGACAAUUUGGGAUGCGUUGAAGAACUUCUACGACUCGUGGAAAAAUUCCACGGCUCAAGCACUCGCCAUGGGUAUGGAAACAUGCACGGUCGACGAAGUCAUGGUUGUUUCUGGCUUAUUCCACAAGCAGCCACACAUUCAAAAAGCUGGCUCCAAGUUCGUCUUGCCUGGAGUACAGAAAUUUCAGAAAAUGUCUUUGAAACUCAUAACGCUUGACCUGGAAUCAAGAGGGGCAACAACAAAAUUGGGUGUCCCGAUAAAUUGCAAAGGAACGGCACAAGUCAAGAUCCCAGGCACUGAUUUAAAAAUGGUUGAGAGAGCAGUCCGCUGCUUUCUUGGGAAGACGGACUAUCAAAUAAAGGAAGCACUCAAGCAGACGAUGGAGGGCCAUCAACGAGCAAUUAUUGGAUCGAUGACUGUUGAGGAGAUCUGGAAAGCGCAUGACAAGGUUAAAUUCAAUAGGGAAGUGCACGAAACAGCAGCGACUGACUUGAUGAAAUUUGGUUUCACUAUAACAUCUUACACUCUCAACGACCAGAACGACGACAACGGAUACUUUGAAUCUAUCGGAAAAGGCGUAGAUGCGCGAGUGAAGGCCGAUGGUAGAAUAGGAAAAGCCCGUCAUGAGAUGACUACGAUAAUUGGACAGUCAAAAGCGAAUAGAGCUCAGGCGGAAUCAUUUUUCACAAACGAAAAACAACGCAAAGAAGCUGAACGCGACAAAAGGCUCCAAGCAGCCAUAAACGAAAAAGAGGUCCAAACCAAGAAGGCCAUUUCCGAUCUUGCAAAGAAACUUCAAGAAGCAAAGACAAAGCAAAACGUCAAAAUCGCGGAGAUGGAGGUGAAAGUCCAAGAGAAACGGCGUCAGAUUGAAAUUCAAGAGCAAGAAAUCAUGCGACGCAAAAAGGAACUCGACGCGCGAAUCAGAAAACCAGCUGAAGCGGAGAAGUACAAAAUGGAGAUCGAAGCCGAAGCUGCGCGACAACGAAUGGUUCUCGAAGCCGAGGGCGAGGCCGAACUUAUCAAACUGCAAGGAGAAGCGGAAGCUUUUGCGAUCAAUGAAAAGGCAAAAGCUGAGGCUCAGCAGAUGAGAAGGAAGGCUGAGGCGUGGAAUAAGUAUCAAGAUGCGGCCAUUGUUGAUAUGAUUCUGGAUACUCUUCCACAGGUUGCUCAAGAAAUCGCCGCUCCCCUCGCUAAUGCCAGGAAGAUCACGAUGGUCUCCACUGGUGGUGGACACAUUGGUUGCGCGAAACUGGCUGGAGAAGUUCUUGAUAUUAUACAUCGAAAUUUGAACUCAAUUUUAUGUGAAAGCGCUUUCGUCAUCACCAUCCCCAACUUCUCCUCUGGCUUUCCCGAAUCUUCAGAUGACGAGCAAGAAUGUGUCGACACCGUCCCUCACAUUUGUCGACCAAAUACUUGUUCGCUUUUCUCAAACUACUGUCGAAAAACCUGUGACUUAUGCAACCCUCAGCAGAACGGGGCGCUCAGCUGGAUCGAUGAAUUCUUCGGCGAUUUCAAUGGCAAUAUGCAGAUCAUUGGAAGCACCCCUGGCAUGGGCUCAUUUCCAUUCCCAAAGCCCUCAAAAGGCCAUAAGGAGUUUAAACUAACAAAAUGUCCGCCACGAUCGGGCCCUCUUCCUCGAAACUAUUUGGGAACGCUUUCAACUUCCGCUUCUGGCAGAAAAUGUCAAAACUGGACUUCCCAGUAUCCCCAUCAUCACGACAAGACGCCAGAAGUUUUCCCCAACAAAAAUCUGGGCGACCAUAAUUACUGUAGAAACCCAGACGAUGAUAUAAACGGGAGCUGGUGCUUCACAGAAGAUCCAAAUUUACGAUGGGAAUAUUGCGACAACACAGACUUUGCCUGCAACGAGUGCAUGUUUGACAACGGCGGCUGCAGGGAGGAAUACGAAUGCUUGGACACAAACAGGCUGAAGGAAGGGACAGUAGUUUGCACUCUUCCUGAAGAAACAACAACGACAGUGAUGUCAACUUACACAACGGAUCAACCAACAACAGAAUAUUCUACAGCACCCGAUUCUUUCGUACCUCAAAGAGUUUAUCCUGAUCAAACUAUGGAAACUUGCGGAAUGCCAAAAGUCCCGUCUGGCAGACAGCUGAGGAUAGUGAAUGGAGAGGAGUCUUCCUGGGGGCAGCAUCCAUGGAUGCUUGCUGUUGGAUACAAAAAGAAGAUCACUUGCGGUGGCACCAUCAUCUCCCGAAAAUUCGGUCUCACCGCUGCCCACUGCAUCGGUGGCAACUACGCUGACAACUCCGUCUACGCCGGCGUUUUCAACAUCAAAGAUUUGACGAAAAAAGACCGCGACCUCUCCGCCGCUGCGAAAGAACGAAUCUUCCGCUCGAAUCUGCGCCGCUACUUUGUGCCACAAGAAUAUGACCCGAAAAAAUCUGACGAGCAUGACAUCGCUGUUUUGGAAUUCGAAAAGGUGUUGGAAUAUACUGAUUAUAUUCAGCCAGCGUGUUUGCCUACGACGAGGCCAGGGAAAGAUCAAUGGUGCGAAGUUGCCGGCUGGGGAGCGACGACGAAAACGCCCAGUUUUAGAAACACUUUUGAAAUGAUUUCAGAUGGUUUUCCAACUGGCUUAUUCCAGCACAUGUUCAAUGGAAUCUUUGGUGGCAGAAAAAGACGAGAUACUGUGGAAGUUCUCGCCAAAGAUCGAAGCCAGACGAUUUUGACAGCAAAUCUGCACGUCGUCGCGCAAGAAAAAUGUCACAAGACGUAUCAGAAAAUGUUCACCAAUAAUAUGUUCUGCGCCAAAUCCGAUAAUGGAGCCGAUACUUGUCAGGGCGACUCGGGCGGGCCCUUCAUGUGCGAAAAUGAGGAUGGAGCUUGGACGGUCUCGGGGAUCACGAGCUGGGGUCGGGGUUGCGCACUUGACGGAUAUCCCGGCGUAUACACGAGCGUGGUGAAGUACCUUGACUGGAUCAUCGAUGUUCAGAACGACAAAGUCCAAUCCUUCAAGAAACCACAUCUUCAAGACGGAGCCAGCAGUGGCCAAGGCAUUCAAGUCGUCGAAAUUCCCAUGUUCGCCUUUUUCGGAAGAGAUUAA